AUGGCGCAGCGUCCUGGUUUUCUCGACUUGCGGUCAAAGUCCAGUGCCUCUAAUGUGACAAGUGCAUCCAAGCCUCUGCGUUCGCCUCGGCUUCAUGUCGCAGGUGAAGUGCCCCCCGAACUCUCACCUCUCGAUGCCUUCGCCAUGCAAAGUCGCCUGUUGGCCCGCCAACUGCAAGAUACUGAUCGGUCGGGACGGCGCAUGAGUCGACUCCCACCCCUCACUCCCGACAGCCCCCUUAUCGUCCAGGGCCGGUCCGAGUACUUCCGUUUUAUCUCACAGGACUCGUUUUCCGACGCAAGCGUCUCCCCUGAGCCUCAACAGAGCAGCUUCGGUUUCAGAACUGAAGUCGACGAGGAAACAGAGCGCCCCAAGUCCAUGCAUCCUCGGAUGAGCUGCAUCCCCUCUGUGCCCGACGAGGACAACCCUCUUCCCCCAAAGCCCCUGACCGAACCGAUUUGCGGACGCCAAUUGAGCCACAUCAACGAGAAUGAGACGCUGUUCGGCGCGAGAAGGGAACAAUCCCCAGGCCCCAUGGAGUCAGCGCCACCGGCAGCCGAAGAACCUUUGGCCCGCCCGCCCCGUCCGCCCUCUCCCCGCCAGCUAACACCAUUCCAUCCCAUCUCUUUUUCUUCGUCCCCCGAAAAAUUGACAAAGCAGCCGUCUUUCGAUGGGGCGGCCUUGGCUCCACCCCGGCCAUCGUUUGCAAAAAGACCUUCUGCACCAAGCAGCUCGUCCUCUCCACUGGAACCUGCAGAAGAGGACAACGUGAUGAGCGCUUCGGUGCAUUCACCAUCAAUUCGAAAGCUCUCAUCCGCCAGCAGUGCCUUCUCCAGUAUGCAUGGCGGCUCUCCCGCUCUUGGCUCCACACCUUUCCGGAGAUCUGCAUCAAUGAGCUCCGAAGCUUCACUCCCCUUGCCUCCACGUUCUUUCAACUUCUCCCGGCCGUUGAGUCGCGCCGGAACUCCCGGCCCCGAGGCCCCAUCGCGCCAGGCCUCGUCUGACAGCCAACCAUCCUUUGUGCUGGCCGACGACGCGGCGCACACUCCAGUGAGCAUGACAGGGGAAGGUUUCCCUGAUCGCCACGUUGAUGAUGGGAAUUCGGCGGCGCCCUCUUACAUUUAUUCCAAAUUUUCGCUGCCCAGGGGCAAGAGCAUCCAGAGGUCAGAUCCGAUGGAGAGUGGACUGCAAGUUCGAAGCCAGUCGGAACAGCCCACUGCCUCUCCGAACAACGUGCAAUCAGACUCUACCUGCGCCCCCCCAUCUCCACCCACAAGGCCCUCUAGCUCCUCGGGGAACGGACUUGUAGAGAACGCCGACUUUACCAAGAUGUCUCUUGAGGAGAAAGAACCCACGUCGUUGGGGCUCAACGGUUCCCCGCUGCGGCAUUCGUCGACACCCUACCGCCCGUCGACGGAUGGUGAGAGGAUAUCCGAGGAUACGCCCAGAGGACGGUCUCGGAUCUCACCCCAUCACGACGCUACCCCAUCGAAGACACCCAUGUCCGUCUCCACGCCCGACUCAACUAGCAAGGCGAAGCCAUCCCCGUCUCUGCAGUCGGUGGCACAAACAGCGUCGGGCAUGACGGCUGAGGAGCACCUCGCCAAGGGCAUCGAGUGCCACGAGAACAGUUCUGUCCAAGAGUCCACGUAUCAUUUUCGGCAUGCGGCCAAACUGAACCAUCCCACCGGCAUGCUUCUUUACGCCUUGGCCUGUCGUCAUGGCUGGGGUAUGAAGCCCAACCAACAAGACGGCGUAGAGUGGCUGAGGAAGGCUGCCGAGUCAGUUAGCCUCGAGAUUGCCGAUGACGAAGGCCAAAUCAAGGACGGUAAACAUGUCGACGUUGCUGACAGGAGGACCCGGAAGGCCCAGUUUGCUCUGAGCAUCUACGAACUCGGUGUCAGCCACAUGAACGGCUGGGGCAUUGAGCAAGAUAAGGCCCUCGCCUUACGGUGCUUUGAGAUUGCUGGAUCUUGGGGAGAUGCGGAUGCUUUGGCAGAAGCAGGUUACUGCUACGCCAAAGGCAUUGGGCGUAAGAAGAAUUUAAAGAAGGCAGCCAAAUUCUAUAGAGAGGCUGAGGCCAAAGGGAUGAACAUGGUGGGCAACAGCUGGAUCCACAAAGCGAAGUAUAAGGACGACGAGGGAGACGCACCCAAGGCGGUGAAGAAAUCCCGGAGCAAAUCUAGAACUCGCUCAAUAUUCGGCAAGAAGACUGGCGGCUUGUAA